CGGUGCCGCCCGGUCCGGAGCGGCGGCGGCGCGGCCAUGGGCUCCCGGCUGAGCCGGCAGAGCAGCCUGGAGGAGGAGAGCCCCGAGGAGCCCGGCGCCGGGCGGCUGGAGGGCGGCCGCGGCGACUUCCACCUCUCCUCGCUGCUGCCGCACCCGCAGAAGCUGCCCGGGGUGCUGCGGAAAGCCUCGCCCGCGCCCUACGUGCGGCGGGUGGGGUGGCUGCGGGAGAUCCAGGCCACCAUCCGGGAGCACAAGCGGGACCACGCCGUGCACAUCCUCCGGCUGCUCAGGAAGGACCUGGGACUGGAAGGAACCUUCCUCAAUGAAGUGCUCUACAAAAAUGCCACUUUCCUCAACUUGGUGGAUCCCAUCUCCCAUGACUUGCUGAUGAGCCUCGCCAGAGACCUGCAGUGUCCCAAAAAGGACUAUGACCCCUGGAAGUCCUCGGACAGAAUCUGCCGGCAGCUGAUUUACCACUUAACCCCCCACUCCAAGUGGCACCGGCACGGGCUGCCCCGCAGGAAGUCCCAGGCAUGCCUGAAGAGCAGCCUGCAGAAGAAGGUGAGCCAGGACUCCAUGGAUUUGUCAGGGAUCCCCCUGACCAUGCGGGAUGUGCACCGCAUGGCCUACUACCUGCAGAGCAACGGGGAGCACCUCACCUCCGUGGACCUGAGCUUCACGGAGCUGAACGACGACAUGGUGCGGCUGCUGCUGCCCUUCCUGUGGGCGCUGCCCAGGCUCACGCACCUCUCCCUCAACGGCAACCGCCUGACGCGGGCCACCAUGAAGGAGCUGACUGACGCCGUGAAGGACAUGACCAAGUUCCCUUGCCUGGCCUGGGUUGACCUCGGCAACAACGUGGACGUCUCCUCCAUGCCGCAGCCGCUGCUGGUGGGGCUGCGCAAGCGCCUGAGCCAGCAGACCACGCUGCCCACCAUCUACGAGGCGCUGGACUGCGACUCGGAGGCGGGCAGCGGGCAGGAGGGCAGCCAGCCAGGGCCCGGCCUGGCAGAGAGCACCCCGCCACGUGCUCUUUCUCAGCGGGGCUGCGAGAGGUGACUGGACACCAGCCUGGCGCUGGCACGCUGAGCCUGCCCCGAGGAGGACUCUCGAGCACAAGCAUCAAGCACAGGGGCAGCCUUACCGGCCGCCUUCGGCUCUUUUCUCUCGCCUUCCCUGACAUCUCCCCUCAAACUGCUGUGAGACAAAAGCCUGCCAUCCCCCCACAACGUGCUCCACUCCCUCCCCUCGCUGCCAAACCCAUCGCCCGCGUUCCAGAGAGGAACCAGUGACUUACAGUGAACCUGGUCCCCAGGCAGGGUCUCACUGGAAGACGGGAAAACACCUGUCGGAGUCAAGAAUAUCCUCCAGCAGCCAUUGGGUUGCAGGACAGGGAUGGGGGGAACCUAAAACAGAAACAGGCUUGUAGUUUACUUCCUUUCUUCCUUUUCCCAUGCACCUUGGAGACCUUGGGACCUGCAGCCUUGACUGUGAAAGGAGGUGCCCCAAGAGCCUAGUUGCUGGGGAGCUUAGCUGAAGGGCUGCGAGGAGAGCCGAGGAGAGCCGGAGCCCGGCUGUGUGUCUCCCUCUUGUGUCUGGCUCCUUUUGUUUUGUUUUUUUCCUAUUGUGUGUUUUGUAUUAACGUCUGAACAAAGGGACUUGGUCAGAGACCAUUGGAUCACAUCGGCUGGGGCGGACACACGGCUUGGAACUGCAGCAUCAGGAUAUUUGCUGUGUGA